CCAUAUUGACAUUUUCGUUAUUGUGGCUGGCUACACGCUGCUCUAGCCAAUCAGUCAUGGCGGACUCAGGAAAUGAACCGAGUGUCAAUGAAAAAAUACCUAUAAACAACAGUAUUCGGACUAGAAAUGCUGGCAAUAAUAGAAAGGCCAAGGAGGAUAACACUUUAAACAGCAACAAGGACGUUAAUAACAGCAUGACUACCACAGAAUAUUGCGAAAAACUGCAAGAAUGGAUGUGGCAAUACUACAGCGGAUACGUGAAUUGGCAUAGCUGGAUAACCGACAUAUCUGCCUCAGACCUUCGCAACUGGUACAAUCCACUCGCUUUUCCUGUACCACCCCAUUUUUUUCCUGCACCACCUGCAGCAGGUAACGCCAGCCAAGCUGGUGACAGUAACGUUGCCCAGUCAACGGUUCCAGGGCCAGUACAACAACAACAGCAGCAGCAGCAACAGCAGCAGCAAAAUGGCAAUGCACAACAACCCGGUCGGGAAUACGUCAUACCUUCCCCCCUCCAGAGAUUUAUGGCAGAGAUGGUGGAUUUCAUCAUACUAUUCUUCAUAAAGGCAUCAAUUAUCAUCAGCAUCAUGCAUUUGAGUGGAAUGAAGUCCUCUUAUUUCAGGGACAUAUCCAAAUUUGCCAUGCAUUUUAUUGUGGAGGAAAUCGAUGAAGACACAUCCAUGGAGGAACUUCAGAAGAUGAUGCUUGUGGCACUCGUCUACCGCGUAUUAGUCUGCUUUUAUGAGAUUAUAUGUAUCUGGGGAGCGGGGGGAGCCACCCCAGGGAAGUUCCUGAUUGGUCUGCGCGUGGUCACCUGUGAUAGCUCUGUCCUAGUGCAGGCCAACCGAGUACGGGUCGUCCCUGCAUCUAAUGUUUCUCUCUCUGCGUCUGCCAUACGAGCCCUGAGCAAAAACUUCUCCAUCGCUUUCCUGUUCCCUGCCUUCAUCACGCUCCUCUUCUUCCAGCACAACAGGACAGUGUAUGACAUAGUGGCUGGCACCAUCGUGGUCAAGCGGCGGGGGGCCAGAUGACAUUCCAGGCGAGGUCUGUUGUGGGCAAUGUGCCGCUGUGACCGUCGAUCCUUCCGGUGCUCUGAGAUUUCUUGCAGUGCCGUCCAAUAUAACGAGAGAAGAAGCAUAGGUUGAAACCCCUUUGACCCAGAGAUGGAUGCGAGCUCCUGGACAACACAUGGCAAAUCUGUGAUCCCAAAUUAGCAGCAUUUUUAAUAAAGUAUUUUCCUCAUCUCCCCCCGCCCCCGUCAUGCCACUGGUUCUAGUCUGUGCCAAAUGUAUGUGGUAUGAUAAAACACAGAAGCGGUGUAUUUUUUUCUGAUGUCGUCAGUACAUGAAAGAGUGUUUCGUGUACACAUUAGUUUUGGUUGGUUAAUUUAUUAAUAAGUAAUUAAUGACAUGCACACCUUUUUUCCAGAUUUAAUUUAACUUUGAUUUUGGCAAUGAUUUUUAGUCAUAAGAUUGGCCUGUCUAGUGUUUCAUCGAUGUUGUUAUAAACGUGUUUCUCUUUUUUUAACCUUAAAGAGAACUGCAUUAUUUAUCAGAAUAAUAAGUGUUGUUUUACUCAUAAAGACAUUCCAUCAUUCAGUUGAGCCAUUGGCAAUAGAUUUCCACGCUUUCACUGAGCUAUGAAACACUUGGAAUAUGGACACUGCUUCUGUAUAUUCCCUCUCUUCGAUUGGACUGCACUCUGUGAAGACAGACAGACAGACAACAUGCACCAGUGUCCAGUGAUUUGAUUUGCUGUUUUUUGCUGUGUGAACAACACCGAGAAAUUUCAUUGGUAAAUUCUGGGUGGGAGGUAAAUGACCGAGCCUCUUCCUAUAUUUUCUUUUCUCUGUUUGAAGAAUAGCAUGGAGUGUAUUAUUUAAAAAAAAUUGAAUAGGUGUUUUAAUGUAUUUCUCUCAUUUGAUUAUUAUUGCUUUAACAAAAUGAGCAAUGCAGAUUAUCUCAGAGAUUUUAGGUUUUAAAGCUGGCAAUAUCGCUAUCGAAUGCAAGAGCAUAACUUUCUUUUACACCAAAAGUAUUAAUUUUGUGAUGUUAUCUCACACCAACAGUAACAAUGUAUUUUUAUUUUAGAAUCAGCAAAAUGGCUUUUACACACGGGAUGAAUUUCUGCAGGUCUUCCUCCUGUGGUUGCUGGUGAUACUCUUGUUGUGAUACAGCCAUAGCAUACAGAAGUCUUAAUUUUUAUUGAACACUUUUAUUUGAUUUGUGCCCUUUAAUAUCUCAGUGUGGAGGUAUGUGUUUUUUACACAGUAUUUAAUAAAGGAGAAAUUAGUGUU